UUGACGUGCCGGCUUCCAUAGCACAGACGCGUCUGAUAGAAACUAGUAAACUAUGCGGGAUAUUUCUCAGUGACUGAACAGAAUUUAUUCGAUAAGAAGUUCGGCGCCUGUGAGCUCCUGUCUGACCGUGAACGCAGCUAUAUCACCCUCCACCUGCACUUAACUCUUUCCGAGUUUUGCUCUCGGUGUCUGUGAGCGCGUUAACUCCCGGGACAGGACAAACGCUUGGAUUUUUGGGCACUCUGGCACGAGACGGGACAUCGUGUGCGCGAGGCGUCAGGCACAGGAGUCAACAAGUGGCUUUCAGUUGCGGGAAGAGAGGGGAGAGAUUAUGAAAGCGUGGAAAGUUAGUUUUGACUUUCUUCGUCUCGUUAGGCACUUUUAAGUGAGUCGUAUUUUGUUUGAGCCGCUGGAAGGUGCGGAGGACAAGUUUUUAAAGCGUGUAACAAGUUUGUUAUUACCAUGAGUGGACCGACUUUUUUCCAGAUGUGGACGGUUUUAUUGUUGGGGAUUAUAACCGGGGUCGCGAGGGCUCAGGUCUCAACCGCCAAAGUGAUGAGGGGCAACAUGAGGAGAGAUGACUUGUACCGCAAAGAGGAAAACAUCACAGUAACGCCAGUGGGCGGAGACAUCCACAGCCCACGCUACCCCAACGCUUACCCCCGCAACCUACUGUUGUCAUGGAAACUGCUAUCACCACCAGGAAGCCGCAUUCACCUGGAGUUUGACGGACACUUCGGCCUGGAGGAGGCUGAGAACGGAGUGUGCAGGUAUGACUUUGUUGAGGUGGAGGACCAAUCAGAGACCAGCACUAUCAUUUGGGGUCGCUGGUGUGGGCAGAAGGCACCGCCUAGUCUCAACUCCAAAACCAACACACUCAGAGUCACCUUCAAGUCUGACGAUUACUUUGUUGCAAAGCCGGGAUUCAAAGUCUACUACUCACUGCUGUAUGACUCCCCUCUGCCUGCAUCCAAAACCAACUGGGAGGCUGUCACUAUGCCCAUGUCGGACAGUGGUGGAAGGCAGAUUCCAGCGGCAGUCACAGAGGUGCCGUUCUCAUUGGAGGAUUUGGACCGGACCAUAGCUGCCUUUGACACUGUAGAGCAGCUUCUCAGAUCACUGAAUCCAGACACCUGGAAACAGGACCUGGACAGCAUCUACACUCAGACACACAUUCAUUAUAGAUCCAGGGCCUAUCAUCUGGCAAGCAGACAUAAUAAAGUUGAUCUGAAUCGUCUCUAUGACGACGUGAAGCGAUACAGCUGUACACCUCGCAACUACUCUGUGAACCUGCGGGAGGAACUGAGGGCCACCAACGCCGUGUUCUUCCCUCGAUGUCUGCUCGUCAAACGCUGUGGAGGCAACUGUGGCUGCGGAACUGAGAACUGGAACAGUGGCUGCACUUGUCAGGCCUCUAAGACGACACUCAAACUACAUGAGGUGCUGAAGUAUGCCCCAGAGGUUACUCUGCAUCAGCGCCAUCGAAGGCCGCGGGUGCGCUGGGUCAUCGAUGAGAUCUUCCUCACACACCACGAAAAGUGUGAGUGUGCGUGUCCCUCCCAGCCCCCUCGCUGAGACACCCAAACUGGCACACGCAUCUGGAACUGUUGGACAAGUUUUUUUUUUAAAGCUAUUUUGCUACGGACUUCAUAUAAUUACAGCAACGCAGACACACACAGCAAAGUAGAAGGCAACAAUUUGACAGCUUGCAUCACACACAGUGACAUUUCCUCCUGCAAAUUAAACAUCUUUUUUUCUUCCCCUGUACACAGGCCAAACUUGUAAAUGUUUCCAGCAAAACACAUUUGUUAUUGAACUUUUCUCGCAACAUGGAGUCUGAAUUUUGUUUAGAUGUGUUCGAAUCAAGGUGUUUUUCACCCAAAACUAAAAAUAUAAGUUUUUUUGUAAUAUGAAAAAUCAUCAUAGGAUGAAAAAAACCCACCAAUAUCAAACUCAAGGACUUUAAUGGAUGAGACUUAAUGGAAUUGAAAUUCAAUUGAUUUCAAACGCUGUGUAAACAUUUUUUCAUAUAUUUCAUGUGUAUGUAUGUGCGUUUCCUUGUGUUAUAUAAAGAGUGUUUGUUGAAA